AUGAUCUAUAAGCAGAACGAAUUUGGUGUCUGGGAGAUUUUUUUGCCAAAUAAUGCGGACGGCUCUCCUGCAAUUCCUCAUGGGUCCAGAGUGAAGAUACGUAUGGACACUCCAUCAGGUGUUAAGGAUUCCAUUCCUGCUUGGAUCAAGUUCUCUGUACAGCCUCCUGGUGAAAUUCCAUACAAUGGAAUAUACUAUGAUCCACCCGAAGAGGAGAAGUAUGUAUUCCAACAUCCACGGCCAAAGAAACCAAAGUCACUGAGAAUAUAUGAAUCUCAUAUCGGAAUGAGUAGUCCGGAGCCUAAAAUUAACUCAUACGUGAAUUUUCGAGAUGAAGUUCUUCCUCGCAUAAAAAAACUUGGAUACAACGCUGUGCAAAUUAUGGCUAUUCAAGAGCAUUCUUAUUAUGCUAGUUUUGGUUAUCAUGUCACAAAUUUUUUUGCACCAAGCAGCCGUUUUGGGACGCCUGAUGACCUUAAGUCUUUGAUUGAUAAAGCUCAUGAGCUAGGAAUUGUUGUUCUCAUGGACAUUGUUCACAGCCAUGCAUCAAAUAAUACUUUAGAUGGGCUGAACAUGUUUGAUGGAACUGAUAGUUGUUAUUUUCACUCUGGAUCUCGUGGUUAUCAUUGGAUGUGGGAUUCCCGCCUCUUUAACUAUGGACACUGGGAGGUACUUAGGUAUCUUCUCUCAAAUGCGAGAUGGUGGUUGGAUGAGUUCAAAUUUGAUGGAUUUAGAUUUGAUGGUGUGACAUCAAUGAUGUAUACUCACCACGGAUUAUCGGUGGCAUUCACCGGGAACUACAAUGAAUAUUUCGGAUUUGCGACUGAUGUGGAUGCUGUGGUGUAUUUGAUGCUUGUCAAUGAUCUUAUUCACAGGCUUUUCCCAGAUGCGAUUACCAUUGGUGAAGAUGUUAGUGGAAUGCCGACAUUUUGUAUUCCCGUUCAAGAUGGGGGUGUUGGCUUUGACUAUCGGCUGCAUAUGGCAAUUGCUGAUAAAUGGAUUGAGUUGCUCAAGAAAAGGGAUGAGGAUUGGAGAGUGGGUGAUAUUGUUCAUACACUGACAAAUAGAAGAUGGUCGGAAAAGUGUGUUUCAUAUGCGGAAAGUCAUGAUCAAGCUCUAGUUGGUGAUAAAACUAUAGCAUUCUGGUUGAUGGACAAGGAUAUGUAUGAUUUUAUGGCUCUGGAUAGACCGUCAACACCAUUAAUAGAUCGUGGGAUUGCGUUGCACAAGAUGAUCAGGCUUGUAACUAUGGGAUUAGGAGGAGAAGGAUACCUAAAUUUCAUGGGAAAUGAAUUUGGCCACCCUGAGUGGAUUGAUUUCCCUAGGGCUGAACAACACCUCCCUGAUGGACAAGUGAUUCCCGGAAACAAUUUCAGUUAUGAUAAAUGCAGACGGAGAUUUGAUCUGGGAGAUGCAGAUUAUUUAAGAUACCAUGGGUUGCAAGAAUUUGACCAGGCUAUGCAGCAUCUUGAAGAGAGAUAUGAGGUAUGUGUUUAUAUUGUGCCGCUUUCUCAGUUUUGUGCUUCUUGAUUUCCCAUACCAGUA